AUGCUGAUAGAUACGAUUGCAGAAGGCUGCCGCUCGGAGGAGUUACGGAAGCGCAUUCUGCAGAAAGACCGUUCGGUGGAGGAGAUAGAAGAAAUCGGAAAAUCGCUGGAAGAAGUGGAACAACAAAUCAAAGAUUUCACUAUGGUUCGCGAAGAAGAACACGAGAGAGGACGGGUGUACAAAAUUCAGACCCAUAAGCAGAGGAAAUACACUCCGGCGUCGAGCAAUACGGCGUACGCUCGUAUGAAUAAGGAUCAUUUGAAGUGUUUCAAAUGUGGUUUUAGUGGCCAUAUUUCCUCGGAAGCGAAGUGUCCGGCACGAGGUAAGAUAUGUAACCACUGCAAGCGCUUGGGACAUUUUGAGUCACAGUGCCGUAUUCGAAAGUCACAGUCUGGGGAUCAAACACAAACACGGCCAACAUCGAAGAAAAUACGCUAUGUUGAAACUACUGGUAGGAAUGUGGAUUCUACAUCGUCGGAGGAUGUUUAUUCGGUAGAGGCAUCGGAGAAAGAGGAUUCCAAGAAAACAUAUUAUGCGUUCUACACAGGAAACGAUUCGAACAUAAUUGAAUGCGAAGUAGGCGGUGUUCACAUAGAUAUGCUGGUCGACUCGGGGGCAGAGGUUAACCUGGUAUCGGAAGCGGCAUGGGAGGUGCUGAAGGCAAAAGGGGUGCACGUUAAAGUUUCGGAGAAAGGCAGUAAACAUGUGUUGAAAGGAUAUGCUAGUGAUCAGCCUUUGGUGAUCUUGGGUACGUUUGUAGCUGAUAUUGUAAUCGGACAAAAGCAAGCUGAAGCAAAGUUUUUUGUGAUCAAGAGCGGCCAACGUUGCUUGUUGGGUGAUUCCACGGCCAAGGAACUUGGAGUACUCAAGAUUGGAGUAAACAUUAGUCAAGUUGAUACUACACCUAAGGCACUCUCUAAGAUCAAUGGGCUGCAGAUUCAUAUCCACAUGAAUCACGCUGUAAAGCCGGUUUUCCAACCAGUGAGAAGACUCCCUGUGGCACUUGAGGACGCGGUUAAUCGGAAAUUGGACGACUUGAUUAAGCGGGACAUAAUUGAGGAAAAGAAGGGUCCAACCAGUUGGGUUUCGCCUCUUGUGGACGUUGGCAAAUCUAAUGGUGAGCCCAGAAUUUGCUUGGAUCUGCGUAGGGUGAAUGAGGCAGUCCUCCGUGAACGACAUCCCAUGCCGUUGAUCGAUGAUUUUCUGGCUCGAGUUGGUGGCAACAUGAUUCGGAGUAAGUUGGACGUGAUGGAUUCGUUUUUGCAGUUAGAGCUGGAUGAAGAGUCCCGAGAUAUUAUGUCGUUUAUCACUAGCCGAGGACUGUUACGUUUUAAGCGAAUGCCUUUUGGUCUGGUCACAGCUCCAGAAAUUUUUCAAAAGACCAUGGACUCCAUUCUUGCCGGUUGUGACGGGACUUGGUGGUACAUCGACGACAUUUAUAUCGAGGGAAGGAACAAAUCGGAGCAUGAUAGUCGCCUUGAUAAGGUAGGAUGA